GUUGGUCACAGUGCAGCCAUUCAGCGAGAUGGCUUUGUGCAGUUGUCGUUUGCGAUAUUUGCUUUGUAAAAUAUUACUUUAAAUCAAGCUCCAGCACCAUCCCGACCUAUUUAUUUGUAGUUUUAAGGACAGUGCCCUGUGACUGGUGGUGCGCUGGGUGGCGUGAACGCGUGGGGUUCGGCGAAAAGUGGCAGAGAAAAAUCGAGUGUGGCUGAGGUUUGUGAAUGUGAGACAGAGUGAAAAAGCGCGACGCUGUGUGUGUGAAAUCCCUGAUAAAAGACGGCAGCGAGGAGAUAAAAACACAAAGAAUCUCUUGGGCGAGCGAAGGAGAUUCUGGCUGGUGUGAGUGUGUGAGGAAAUGAAAGGUGAAGCGGCAGAUGUCUGUCAAAGACUCACACGGAAUCUCUCGUCUUCGCGUUAUCUCGGCGUUAUUUCUUCAUAGAGCGAGAGAGAGCCCUCGAGGCUGCGAGUAGUGCCUUGUCCUGGCCCCCGGAGACUUGCAGAUUGUAGGCGACGCCGACCAGUGACUCACUGCGUCUCCCGGAGAUCUUGUGAUAAUCCCAAGCAGAUUCGCGUGGAACAAAGGAAGGCCAAAAUCCCGCUGCAGAUGUCAGAAAUAUACCCAAGAGAGUCCACUUAAUCAGCCAAACCCACACACAUGUGCAUCUCUCGCGGUGGAGAGCAGUGAAUCUCGAUAGACUGUGUUCAGUAUUCCGUGGAGACUCUGGCAGCACGCAUCGCGGGGCCCCAGUGACUCAUCGGCAGGAUAAGCGAGAUAAUCGGUGCCCUGGAUAAACAGUGAAAAGCACUCUGUGCUGUGCUCGGGGAAGGAGUCAGGAGAGCCCCCAGCCGCGGUGUGAAUUACGUAAAGGAGACACAGUCCAUCCGCGCUGUCUCCUCUCAGUUGCAGUGGAAAUUCACUGCAAAACUGGCACGGUUUUUCUUCUGUGGAAAUUCGACCUAAAUUCAGCCUGUGUGUGUGGAAAUUGAUUGUGUUAUGCCGCAGUGAAAAUGUGUAAUGUACCGCCAAAAUUCUACCAAGUGUGCCGCCUCUGUCUAUCUGUUGUGAGUGAUAAUGAGUUGGGUGAGCUGUCCAUCUAUCCCGCCUGGCCGGGGAAGGAGAACGAUGCCACAGAGGAGGCGGAGGACGAGCGGAGGCCGGAGGGCGAGGAUGUAGUUACCAGAAAAACGGUGGUGGAGGCGACCAACAACCGCGAUCAUCACGUGGCGAAGCAAGAUGAUCGCCGGGAUGUCGAGGCGAUGAUUGAUAGCGACAAGGAUGAGGCCAAGUCGCAUCAUCUCACCAAUGGUGGCUCGCACGACAUCCCCGACAGGAUUUUCCAGUGUCUUUCAAUCACGAUAACUCCUGCUGAUGGAUUGCCCAAUGUUGUGUGUAGGAAAUGUCGUGAGCAAUUGGAUAUUUGUCAUCGAUUUCGUGAAGUGGCGCACAAAUCACAGAAGAGUCUCGAGCAUUUUCUCCAGCUCACCGCCAAAUUUGAGGGAAGUGCCCAGGAGGUGUUGGCGAAAUCCACGGCGAAACUGGAGGAGGUUCUCAUGAGCUCAGCGGAAGCAUCGUUACCAAUCCAUCAGAUGAGACAGAGGCGAUCGAAUGUGCCAACGCAGCAGUCCCGGAUUGAUUCUGAGCGAACAGCUGUGGCGGCAUUGACAGAGUUGAGCAAUAUGUCAUCAAGCAUGAACGCUGUGUCCUCUUCCAGUGUCUCGUCUGUCGGCGCAUCGUCAAUCACGGUAUCGUCGCCAUCGACGGCAUCCUCUGUUACCUCAAUCAUAAGCAAAAAUCACUUGGAUCACUUGGAGGCGAACUCUGUGUCGGUGAUACCGCUGGAGAGUGGGAAACAGCGACUCAGUGUGGGUGAUGUGAAUCACAUCAAGAAUCUGUCACAUCUGCAGAAACUGGAGACGGCCGCCGUGCUCAUGGACAUUAGCAAGAAGGUCAUCAUCUCACCGCCCAGCUCGAAUCCGCAGUCUCCGAGUCAUCAUCAGCAAUUCCAAAAUCACCUGAAACACCAGCAGCAACAGCCUAGUAUUACUUCUUCUGUGAUAAAGUCGCACGAUUUUAUUGGGAAUUCACUUAAGAGAUCAAUGAGUCACGAGGAAAUUGAUUUAUCACUGAAACGCGUCAAACUACCACUGAAGUCGAUUCCUGAACCAUUUAUAGUGAAGCAUGAGCAAUUGGACGAUGAGUACCAGCAGCAGGAGGAGAACAGUCUCAAUACCGAUUCGGGCGAUGAUAGCUCAGAUCCGGGUCGACUUCAGGUGGAUAUUUCAUCGUCCCAGGAGGGCUUUGAUGACAAUGAGAACUUUGAGGGGAAGAAGACGGCCGCCAAGGCGUCCGAGAGACAGGCUCAGGAGGGCAAUGUCGAGAUGGAGGCCAAUGUGACGGAUCCUGCGACCACUCAACUGUGGCAAGUUCUGGCUCAAUCAUCGAUUAAUGGUGGAGGCAAUGAAGCAACUCAAUUGCUCAAGAGAAUGAUUAACAGCAGCAAAUCUUUGGGAUUUCCUCUCUCACUGGGCAUUUCAGGAUCAUUAAGUGAUCAGCCAAUUGCUCUCUUAAAGGACAAGGUGGGUCACAAGUCGUCUGGCAGGCGCAAGCAGUCCUGCCCGAGUCGCACGCCGCUGGAGAAUACAUCAGCAGUGGAAUCACUGUGCGACAGUUCAUCGUUGCUUGCAGAGGCUGCAAAUGCCGCAGCUGCAAAUCUUGAGUUUGCCUCAGCAAAUAAUCCCACAUGGAUUAAUUAUUCCGAUGAGAGAUCCAAAAACACCACAGCCCAGUCGAAUAAUAAAAAUUUGAACAAUCAGAAAGAUAUGUCGUGCACCAACUGCGGUACACUAACCACGACAAUCUGGAGAAGAAAUAUACGCGGGGAGAUGGUUUGCAAUGCUUGUGGGCUGUACUUUAAGCUGCACGGUGUGAAUCGUCCUCACACGAUGCGCCGAGAUACUAUUCACACGCGCCGAAGGAGACCACGUGGGGAUAAAUCUGUACGGAAAAAAUCGAAGCAGCACGACGACUCGGGUGCCGCCGAGCAGGAACGCCUGGAGCGAAUAUCCGAACGCGGGAUCGGCGGCAGCGGCUCUGGCGCCAGCGGAGCGUCCGAGGAUGCCUUGUGCGGAAAUCCUGACUUGCAAGCACUCAAUAAUCACAAUCUGCUAAUUGCCUUAGGUGGUGUGGCUCGAAGCUCAAAUGCUCACUUCACAAUGCCGCACUAUUCUCACUUCUUGCGUGCCUCUCAAAACUAUCCGGACGUCACUAGUGGGGUGUCGGUGGCGGGUGGCGAUCUCACCGCGGACGACAGUGCACCAGAGAAUGACAUGGACACAUGCAACUUGCCCCUGAAUCUAGUGGCAACCCAACUGGGUGGAAGUGAUUCUUCGCAACACUGACUGAUGAUGAUAAGUACAUGACAAUGAUUCUCUUUUUAUACACAAUAUUCUCCUGUUCUAGUGUUUUUUCAUUUCACACUUUGCGUUUUUGUGUAACAACGAAAUUGAAUGGAAUGUAGAAAUGAGCAAAUAUUUCUUUUGGCAUUGUAUUAAUGGAGAGGACGUUUUUGCUGCAAAACUCAAAUCUUUCUAUAAUAAUUUUCAUGAAUACUCAAGUGAAGUCUCUGUGUUUUUUUUUUUAAUUAUUUUGUGACUAUUUAAUAAAUUAUUUAAUCGUACUAUUUGACAAUAUUUAAUGAGAUGAGAUAAUGAUAAAGAUAUAAAUGACGAAAAUUCUAGCAAUAAUGAAAACAUUGAAGGUAUUAUAGAUUUUUUUGUCUACAUUCACACCAUCUCACAAAAUAAUCUCUCUUUAAUUUUGUAACUUCACGAGCAAACUAUGCGAAUAUUGCGCUCUUAAUUAGACAAUUGAUGAAUGAUGAAAGAAAAAAAAACAGGCUAUAAUGGACUAUUUGAUAGCACUGCGGAACUUUACUCUUCUGCCUAAGACUAAAUACCUAUUAUACUAAAAAAUUUACAAUGCAUGUAGAUGAGAAAUGGAACUCUUAAUGAAUUUGCAAGAGUAGCAUUAUAUAUUCUAAUUCUAUAAAUAUGGAGAAAUUCCACUAUCCUAGCAAUUCCAGAAAUAAUAUAUAUAUACAUAUAUAUGAAAAAAUUGACUCAGCGAAUGAAGAAAAUUCACACAAAUAUAAAAAUCAAUAGUUUUGAGCGGCUGAAAAUGCAAAAACAAAACUUGUAUAUUGACAUUUUUAGAGAGUUUUCGAGAAAAAUACACUUAUGUAGAAAUAGUUCUUGAUUUUCCCUUGUAUUUACUUAACAACAACAACAACAAAAAACAUACAAGUUUAUAGAGAAAAGAGGGAAAUUCUAUAAAUAUGAAUGGAUUUAUAGAGUCAGAGAGAAAUAAGAAGGAGAAAUUGCAAAACUUAUGUAUUGAAAGCUACUUAAGAGAAGCCAGAAAAGCGAGAAAGCUAAGAAUAAAUAAAAACUCGUAGCAGGAAAACAAAAAAAAACUUAUAUAUUAUGAUGAAAAAAAAACUAUUUAAUAUACAAGGAAAUCAAAAACACAGAUUAAAAAUUACAUAAAAGUUAAUAUUAUAAAAUCUUGCCUGUAGCAAAACAACCAAUUGUGAUAAGGAUGAAAUAAGAUAGUGAAGAAAAAUUUAAGAAUUAUUAUAUGAAAAAAAAGUAAUUAUUAAACUCGUGAAGGAUGAAGAAAAAGAAACAUUGGUAAAUAUUCGCUUUUCUCCUCUUUACUAUCUAUUAUACAUUCAAUGACUAUUAAACAAUACAAUAAAAGGAAAAUCUUUGAUACUCAACAAGUGAAAAAUUAUGAUAAAAUUAAAAUUUCUCAAGUAUUGCUAAUGAAAAGAUGAGGGAAAUUCUAAGAAUGUCACUCGGAGAUAAAAUUUUCGAAUGGGAAUGCAGAGUCACAAGAUGUGAGAAUGUUACAAGAUUUAUGAAUAUAUUUUUACACGGUUUUAGAGGUAUUGUAGAAGAUGUGGAGAAAGAGAGACAGAGAGAGAGAAAUGAUGAACAAGAUGGGAAAUGAUUAAAGAAAAAAAUACCUAUUUCUUCAUGUAGUGGAAAAAAGAGAGAAUUUGUUGCAAUGCAAGAAAAACAUAAAAACUAGAAAAACAUAUUGAUAAUAAUGCGAGUAAUGUAAAAUCUUCCUCUGAUAUAUUUCCAUAUUUAUUAUCAUAAGUUUAGGACUCCACAAUGUGAAGGAAUUGCCUGAAGAAUUUGUCUUUCAACCUUAUUUAACACUACACUUUUUUUCUACUUUUACCCUUACACGUUGAAGAGGCGAAGAGAAGUCACAGCAUAGAUUUGAAGAAGAAGAAAAAAAUGCUCUCUAAAAGCAAUGACAGUUUAGAAGACAUUUGCGGUUUAUCUCGAAACUUUACACAGUCACGUACUUAUACUAUUAUUUUUUUACAAAAAUAAUUGCCAAGAACAUUUUCCUUCCCUUCUGCAUAAACUGAGAAUGAGACGAGAAGGAGAUUUCCUUUGUCGUUCGGUUUGAAUUAGAACAGCAAUCGCGAAAAUUGAAUGAUACUCAAAUUUUGUACUCUGUUUUUUUUAUAUUUUUGUAUUAUUUUUUUUACCUUAUACUAUUUAAAAGACCCUGUUUUCUUCCGCUUAAAUCCUAACCUAUUGAAAGGUCACUUUAGGAUGUUUAAUUGAUGCGAUAAAAUUACUUUGAAAUUAUUUUUUACUUUUGCUUAUCAGUGUUAAUUUUUUGUAUUAGGAUUAUUCACACUUUCUACUUUUUACACACCCCUUAAUUUAAUUUAAUUAACUCCUUUGUAAUGGCUUAAGUAGAUCGCAAGAUUAAGUGUGAACGUGAAACUUUAUAAGAUAGAGAGAAAGAGAGAAAAUGAGGAAACAGAAAAUAUCUAAAAUUAAUGGCACGACAAUAAUUCGUAGGAUCUCUUCUUAAUAACACAAUUUUAAUAAGGAAUGAGAGAGAGAGAGAAAAAAUUUUUACACUAAAGAGAAGGAGAAGAAGAAAAAAAAACAAUUGAUAACGUGUAAGAAUGUGAAAAGUAUGAUGAAACCUUUCUGAAGCAGUAUUUUUUAUUUAAUUGACAAGAUUUUUUUCUUAAUUGAUAUAAUAAAAAUAUUUAAAGCAUUACUUUUAGAGAUGGAGAAGAAGGAGAGAAAAAAAUGUAAUCUCUAUUUACUACUUAUGUGUGUACUUAUAAUUAAUUUCCUGUACAAACAAGAGCUCUGAUCGUGAGAUGAUCUUUUUGUCCUGUAAUCUUAAUUUUUACUAAAAAGAAAAUUGUGAGAAAAAGUAUAAGCAAAAAAGGAAGAAAACCACAAUGACGAAAUGAUAUUUAUACCCAAUCCGUCUCUGCCUUGGCAUUAAUCUCCUUAACAUGAGAGUUAUUGAAGUUAGAAAGAGCGAAAAAUGGAAAACAAAUAAUGACUAAAAAUAGCUAUAGAGAUUGUCUUAACAAUUAUUUGCGUUGUAUUAUAGUUUUAUAGUGUGUCGAAGAAGAAGGCGAAGAGAAUAAGAAGCACUCUUGUAAUUUAUUUAAGAAAAUGGAGGAAAAGCUAUAAAAUUGGAAGGAAAGAAGGAAGAAAAACAGCGAGAAAAAUGGAAAAAGCUGAGAAGGAAUUGAUGAAUGAAGAUUACCAAUACCAGUAUAAUAAACAGGGUUAUUUGAUUUUAUUAUUACUAUAAAUUAUGCUGAUUAGUGAGUAAUGUAUUUAAAAGUGAAGAAAUCACAACAGAGAAUAAUUUUAUUGUUUUCUUCCCUUCGUCGCGCGCCUCCGUGGCGGCGAAGUGAUUUUUUCUUGUAUUAAGCUAAAUUGUGUAUUAAUUUUAAAUGUUUAAUACGGAAAAAAAACACCCGCACACUUUUUUACACGUUUAAUUUUAAUUCUCAAUGAUGAGUUUUUGUAAGAUGAAGAAUAUAAUUUAAAGAGUAAUAAUUCACACGUGAUUAACGACAUUUUACUGCUAACACGAUAUUUUUAUUUUCAAUAAAAUGAGAAUUUUAAAGUAAGAAA